GUUAAAAAUAAUCAAAUUUAGUAAUUUCUGUCGGCUAGCUUCAUAGAGGUACCCAAACUCUGAGUUUGGUCAGAGAGAGAAGUUUGAGAGAAGCCAUCCCAGCCUUUUUCGUGGGACUAUCAAAACCCCCUGUACACUAUCGCCAAUACAUUCAUUUUUAAAAUUGGUACUACGUAUAGACACGUUCAUUUUCCGACACUGCCGAUAAAACAUAUGAUUCUGUAAAUGUAGUGGUGUUAUACAUAUAUAUACACAACACCAAUAAAAAUGGCCGGGAUGGCCUCUCUCAGGUUUGAUGUUUCCACCGCAAGAGCGCUCACCCCAACUCAACUCUGACCCGGUUCGAAACCUCGAUGGAAACUUAGGGGCUGCGCAUAAUGUAUAAGGUGUAUCUUUUUGCGCACAUAACAAUGAAAGGAAUAAGGGACAGGGAUUUUCUAUUCCUUACAUUGUGCGCAGCUCCUUACUUACGGUCAGAGAGGCUUCUCUCUGCCGGUGUAUACACCAUCCUCACUUUCGUUGAACCAUCGGCAUCGGUCAGUUCGAGCAGAUCGAGUAAAAAUAUUCAGAUUUGCGAGAAAAAAUGAAUGACGAGAAUGCACGCUGCGCUUACGACGGCGAGGAAUAUGCACAAUUGUCACUGGUGCAACUCCCGGUGGAGAUGUUCCUGCAUAUAUGUUCCUUUCUAGAUGCGUCGACGUUGGUGCACAGUUUGAGCUUAGUGUGCAAACAGUUCUACCAGAUUUUAAAGGAUGAUGAUUUACUGUGGAAAGCGCGAAUUGACCAUAUAUUGCCGAAUGCUAGUCACUCGCUUUUGUGUCCCGAGAGGCCCGACAACUUUUGGAAGUUGUCGUGCGUUGCGAUCGAGAAACAAACAGCGCUGUGGAAACAGCAAAAUUCUAUGGAGAAUCUGAGAUUUCCGGGUCUUUGCAGAAAUGAAAAUUCUGUGUUGCUGAUGCCCGUAGAUGGAAUCACUUAUUUAGUUGGUAUAAAAGAUUGCAACUUAUUUUGCAAGAAACUUUCUUAUCGCGAGGAACCCUUUUACGAAGUCAAGGCCCUCUGGAGGUCUGCGUUUGGAGUAGAAAGUCUGACGGCGAUAAACCACACGGUCUACCAUAGUUGUCCAGAUCAUACGGUCAAAUCGUGGGUGCUCACCAACACCGGUCUCGUCCAUGACAGAACUUAUGAUCCAGAUCCAAAGUGCGACUUAAUGAUUGCGUCGAUGAUUGGGACUUCUGAUUCGACGCGAUGUAUGUCAUCGUGUCCGGAGCAGGCCCGCUUUGCGAUCGGCGUAUACGACGGGACAAUAUACGUGUACGAUUCGAGAUCGAGUAGUAAUAAGCCGAUCAGCCAGUACCAACCCGAACGUUCAUCAGUGACUAACCUGGCCAUGAACGCAGAAUACAUCUUGUCCGCUAGCUGUGGCGGGAGGGUAUCCAUUUGGGAUCAGAGAGCCGGACGGAUCAUGAAGUCUAUCACAAUUCCAGGUUCCAUCGGAUUCCCGAUUCCAGUAAAAGCGUACCCCACGUACAUUGAUAUGCGACGGGAUUUGGUUUGCGUUGGGGACAACGAGGGAAAAUUGCACAUGCUAGAACCAAAGAACGAUUUCGAGCUAGUGAAAUCUUAUUCCACCGAGCAUACGGACGAGAUAACGGGAGUGCGUCUGACGCACGGAUGCCUGAUAACGAGUUCCCUAGACGGCACCGUCAGAAUUUCGAGUCCUACGGAUCCGCCAAAGCUCAUCGCUACUUUAGAGGAUGAAUACAGCGGAAAAUAUAUUUACAGCAUGGACUACCUGAAUGACACUCUCGCGAUAGCAGGCAAAAGUAUCGUCGUAUGGCGGCCGAGAAAUCGACGUGUUUAACGAAUCAUCAAUGAACAAAAAAUUUCUAUACGUUUUUUAUAACUAUUCUAUAGCAUUAUUGCUUUGAUAUGUGAUAUGUGUUCUUAUAUUCUUUCUCAUAAUUAUACUACUUUGACGUCUCUCUAAUAUACGCAAUGUGAUAGAUACCGUUUCGCGAAAUUAAAAGUAGAUAUUGUUUUGUUGGAAAUUCGUUUCUGUAAUUAAAAGCUUCACUAACAUCGUUUACGAUUAAAAGCUAGGCUUAUAAUUAACAGCGUAUUCAUGUUGAGAUCUUUUAUGUUGCAAAGAAUAAGAGAAAACAUAUUACUAUAUAGUUAAGUUCCAUAAGCAUUUAAAUAUAUAUUUUAUAUAUUGCAUUAGCGCAUGACGCGUAUCGUAUCAUUGUUUUGUUCUGUAAAUUUUUCUGACAAGACGUUAUAUUUUAAUAGCACGCAUUUUCUUAUAUGAUACUGUGUGCGUGCACACUCGAGAAGCGGCGAUGUACUAGACGCUUAUUUAUAACAUUUAUAAACAAA